GAAAAAACAAUUACUCAAUUUAAAGGGUGAUAAAACCGCUAAGAUUUGGGAUUUGUUUGACGGAGUAGCCUUUCACAAAAGGUGGCUUUUGGGUAUCAACGCUAUUUGGUUCUUAGGGCAUCAUAUCCAUUCCACAAUGGUAUCCCAAUCUAUGAAUGUGAUGACUUGGAUUUAUCAUUUAUUCUGACUGAUUACGCUCGCUUAGCUCGAGGUCCAUUCAACUAGAGUAUAAGGAUUUUAUUUAUUUUAUUGCAAGUAUAUCCUUUAAAAAAAUUACUCUGUAAUUGCUCCUCUUUAUCUCAAGCAUGACCAAAUUGCUGGACCAUCUGCGACAUUGACUUCAGUGAAGAAAAGGGUCAUGGGAUGACCGCGGCAAUUUCGCUAAUUUAUUGGGUGGUUAUAUUGAUUCCAGCUAGCAGGUUCCACGGAAGUUAAUUUCAUAUAUACAUUAAAAAUUGUCAUUUCACAGCCACAUGUUCGGUGCAAGUCCGACGGCGACGGUACCCUGGUCACUAGAAGGGGACCCAACUUAUCACCCGCGCGUGGAAAAACGUAUUCCUCUGAAUUUCAGCAGAGACGAGACGAAAAGUAUAGUCUUUGCGGAUAUCUGAACCUCAUUAAAUCAUCGUUUUUAAGCCUUCCAAUUCCAAACUCCUUGGAUGGCUCUGCAACAAAAAGGCCGAAUCAAACUCCCUCGUCUUUCCAUCUCUCCCUAGCAUAACACCACGCACAUGUGACACGCCCACUCUCCGUCUCUUUGUCUUUCUGUUUGUAUGCUUUCUCUUUUGAUCUCUCAACCUUUGUCGCCUCUGCAAUUCUCUGAUUCGUCAUUGUGUCAUUCAAUCCUACGCAGUUUUUAGUUUUCUUUCACCACCUCACUAUUCCUGUUCCUCCAAAACCACCAAAGAUUUAUCCUUUUUGGUUACCCAGAUGGAGAAAGAGCCCCUGCUGUCAUAUCACAGCCCAAGGCGGAGAACGCCGCCGCAACCGUUGUCGCUGCUCUCCUCUCUCCCCGAGCAUGAUGAAGUCUCUCUACCUAUCCCUUUUACACCUUCAGCACUUAAAGAACGCCUUAUUUUUGGCCCUUCUGCAGCCUCUUCUAUCGACGCUUCUCCCAUUGUUGAGGCUUUGACUCUCUCUCUCAACUCGCCAAAACAGUCGUGUUCCAAUCCAGAACUCAACGCAAUCGCUCAAGAAUUACCGCAACAACAGCAGCAGCAACAGUCUUGGUUGAUCGACCCCAAUUAUACGGGGACCAAGACUAAUCUCCACAGGUCCAAAACAGCACCAGCUAUGGCUGCCAUCAAUGAUACUCACCAUCCUUCCAUACCCAAACCUCAAUUUGCCACACAAUCGAUAGUUCGACAAGCUUUUGUUCUGUUGCUAUUAUAUUUGUCUUUGGGCGUGGUAAUAUAUUGGUUGAAUCGUGAUAAUUUCGAUGGAAAUGAAACACAUCCAGUUGUUGAUGCCUUGUAUUUUUGUAUUGUAACAAUGUGCACUAUUGGAUAUGGGGAUAUCACUCCAAAUAGCACUGCCACAAAAUUGUUUUCUAUAUUGUUUGUCCUGGUUGGAUUUGGAUUUAUUGAUAUUUUGCUUUCUGGGAUGGUUAGUUAUGUGCUUGAUUUGCAAGAGAGUCAUUUAUUAAGGAAUGUUAAGAGAGGAAUUGAUAUGGAAGCCGCUGGUUCUGUAAUAAUUGAUGUGAAGAAAGGAAGGAUGAGGAUAAGGAUGAAGGUGGCAUUGGCAUUAUGCGUAGUGGUUCUAUGUAUUGGAAUUGGUGUCGGUGUCAUGCAUUUUGUCGAGAAGCUUGGAUGGUUGGAUUCUUUUUACCUCUCUGUUAUGUCAGUUACAACUGUUGGUUAUGGCGACAGAGCAUUCAGGUCGUUGACAGGUCGUAUUUUUGCUUCCAUUUGGUUGCUUGUGUCAACCCUUGCAGUGGCUCGAGCAUUUUUAUAUUUGGCUGAGGCAAGAGUGGAUAAGCGUCAUAGGAGGAUGGCAAAGUGGGUGCUUGGCCAAAACAUGACUGUCUCUGAGUUUCUUGCUGCUGACAUUGACCAAAAUGGCUUUGUAAGUAAAUCAGAAUAUGUGAUAUACAAGCUCAAGGAGAUGGGAAAGGUUUCAGAGAAGGAUAUUCUGCAGAUAUGCCUGAAGUUUGAUAGGAUAGACACUGGCAACUGUGGGAAGAUAACUCUCGCCGAUCUUAUGGACAGUCAACAUUGAUAUACAAGUACCGUUAACAAGUUUUUAAUGGUAUUACUAGAAUAUGAUAAAAUGAUAUGUGAUGAUGAAUUAAGGUCUAGUUUGUGCUGUAAUUGCAUAGACGAUAGUCACUUCUGUGAAUUUGGGGCCUGAACAGCUAUCCUCAUCAUAUCCUGAUCCUUCAAUCAGAUUGCUAUUUUGUGAGUUGAAAUGGGAAUCAAAUUCUGAAGAUCGCAUGGGUUCUGUUGCCUGUCGAGUGGUAGAAGCCAGUCAGAUGUUAAAACCUGGUGCAUUUUUCAGCAACUUAGCCACUAGCCAUCAUUAUAACGAUCGCUUGAGGUAUUGGUUCGGAUGGGUGGGUUGUGGUGACUGGAGUAUAGGUGGAUGCAACUUUUCCUUGUCAUGGACCUAAUGGAUUAAUUUUUUUUUUGGCAGAUGCCAAGUGAUAUGGCGAAGUAAUUGUAUAAUAUUGCUUUUCAUGUUUUGCAUGUGAGGUUCUGUGGCUUUACAUAGUCUGAAUGCAAAUUGCUUGAAUGAA